AUGGAGCGAGAUCCCAAAGACACCGAGGAGGGCAAUACGGCCCACCACGACGACUAUGCGACCAAUGGCCAGAUUAAUGGAAAUGCUGGCCCAGAUGCGCUUCGCCGGAUGAUGACAUCUGGCACAAUGCCACCAGACGUCUUCGAACGCCUCUACCUACAGCCUCAGACAUCUGUUGCUGGUGAUUUGAGGAAGAGAUUCGGCAAUCCUACCCCCAUUGCGCUCCUCGGUUUCUCGGUCGGCCUGACACCUCUUUCCAUUGCACUGAUGGGAUGGCGCGGCUCUGGAGGAAACGCUGUGGCAACGACGGGUGCGACACUCUGGUUCGGUGGCAUGCUCCUGAUUAUUGCUGGAGUUGGCGAGUGGAUCCUCGGCAACAACUUCCCCUGCUAUGUCUUCUUCGGCUAUGGCUGUCAUUUCCUCACCUUCGGCGUCACGUUCAUCCCAUAUUACAACGCAGUAGAUGCAUAUACAGCGACUGGAGGAGGCGGUGAAGCUCAGUUCUACGCAAGCUAUGGUGUGUAUUACGGCGCCCGGCAGCAUGCGCGUGAGCGUCUGGUUGACUGA